AAGAAACGACCAAUAAACAGGCGGGAAUAGCUGGCGCAGCCUCUUUUUUAUCUGUGCAUUUAACAGCUGAUUGACAAAUUCAAAAUGACAGUGAUAGCUUUAAUGCGUCAUUCAAUUGUCAACUAUUAGCAGUCAACAGUUCAACACAACAACAAAAUAAAAAUUUAUUUUAUUUAUCUAUAUUUAGGCAUAAAUGAUAGUAUUAAUUAUUAAAAUAGAAAAUUUUAUGACAGUAAUUAGUGCAAUUUAAAAACGAAUACAUCUUAAUACGCUAUAUAUGCUAAAUAUACAAAUAGCUGUUUAAAAAUAGCAUUGUACUUAUAAUAUCAAUUACUAGGUAGUAAACGAUGUUAUCUCCGCGCUUGUCGCGAGCAGAACCCCUGAACUAUACAAGAAUGUGUUUUCUGGUUAAUUGUCUUAAAAGAUUAAAAAGUUCGCAACAAUGGUUAAGUCGUCAGAAAGCAGAUCCUUAUGUGGAAAAAGCAAAAAUAUACAAUUACAGAUGUCGCAGUGCAUUCAAAUUGUUAGAAAUGAAUGAAAAAACCAAUAUAUUAACUCCUGGCUUGUCUGUAAUUGAUCUUGGAGCAUCACCUGGCUCAUGGACACAAGUUGCUGUUCAAAAAACAAAUGCAGAUGGGUCUGACAAAACUAAGCCAAAAGGAAUGGUUCUUUCUAUUGACAAACUGCAGAUAUUUCCCAUUGAGGGUGCAACUAUAAUGAGCAACAUGGAUUUUUCAACUAUUGAAGCUCAUGAUAAAGUGAUUGCUGUUCUUGGUGACAAGAAAGUAGAUUUAGUUUUAUCUGACAUGGCACCAAGUGCCACUGGAGUGAAAGAAUUAGACAAAGAUAGAAUAAUUGGCCUUUGCUAUAUGGCCAUAAGAUUUGCUGCACUUGUAACAAAAAUUAAUGGCAACCUUCUGUUUAAAGUAUGGGAUGGGAAAGAAGUGCCUAUAUUAGAAAUGGACUUAGAAAGAUUUUAUAGAAAUAUCAAAAUAUUAAAACCAAAAGCAAGCAGGUCUGAUUCUUCAGAAAAGUACAUACUUGCUAGAGGUUUCAAAGGGAUCCAGAGGCCAUUAGAGAGUGGACGGUGGGGAUAAGUGUUAGCAAGUGUUGUAAAUAAUUAAAUAAUAGUUUUAUUAUGACAUGUCUUCCGAUUCUAAUGCAAUAUAUAAUUUAUUAUGAAUUGUAUGUAUACUGUGCUGUCAGUGUCAAUAAUAUCAUCAAAGGUUAUUAUAAAAUAAGUAAAAAUAAAAAUCAGGCAUAAUACAUUUUUAUAUUUUUAAUAUAGCACUUUCCUAAGCAAUAAAAUUAAUACUUUGCAGAAUGUAAUAAAUUCAUAUUAAGAAUGUUUUCACAUCCACAACACUGCUUCAUUUUUAUUUCAACUUGAAUAGUUAUUGUGUUUAUAUUUUUUUCAUAUAGGAAUAACAAUAUCUUGCAGACAAUAUAAAGAUAUCUAAUUUGAAAAACUUUUUUUCUAUCUGUUUCAUUUAAUGUUAAAUCAUCUUCAUUUGUUAUCUAACUAAUCAAGUUUAUAAUUAAUGUUAUUAUGUAUUUAUUAUUAUAAGAUAAAUAGUAGUAGAAUUAAUUUCUGUCUUCUGUUAUUUAUUUUAUUUAUGUUAAAGUUUAUUCAGCUUUCAAUUCAAAGUAUAUUUACCCAUUUGUAAAUAUGCAUUUCUUACACAUUCAGGGAUAGCAAAUCGAUUGACAUGUACAUUCUGUAUGAUCACUAUUCACUCAUCUAUUAGGCGGUCACUUUUUUUGUCUGUGAGAUUAAUUUAAAUAAUAUAUGUAUAUACUUAUGAAGUGAACUUAGAUAAUUUUUAAAAUUAUAAUUAAUCAACUGGUAAAAUUACAUUAAAUACAAGCAAUAACAGCAUA